CUCCCGUGCACUGUGCCGCUCCGCAUGGAUCGGGGCGCCGGGCUGCCGCCGCGCUGAGCCCCGAGCGGAGCCGCUGCGGGCUCCCGGGGUCGCCCCUUCCUCUCCUGCGCCCCCCGGCCUUCCUCCUCCUCCUCUCCUCUCCGCCCCCGCCGCCUGCAGCCCGACCACCGCAGCCGCGGGCACCCGGCGGCGCUUCCCGGCGGCCGGGGCCGCUCGGUGCUCCCGCGGCAGCAGGGCAAGGGCUGGCGUGGAGCAGAGGGAGGAAAGAGGAGGAGGAGGAAGAGGAGGAGGAAGAGGCAGCGGCCGCCGAGCGCCCCUUGGUCCAGCUAAAUCUGUGCUGCCGUGUCCAGGUGCUGGCGUCGCGGACGGUCACGGAGCCCCCAGCCCGGCCCGCAGCCGCCUUGUCAUGCUGCCCAAAGUGGAGACGGAGGCCCUGGGACUCGCCCGGUCGAAUGGGGAACAGGGGCAGAUGCCGGAAAACAUGCAAGUGUCUCAGUUUAAAAUGGUGAAUUACUCUUAUGAUGAAGACCUUGAGGAACUGUGUCCAGUCUGUGGAGACAAAGUGUCUGGGUACCAUUAUGGACUUCUCACCUGUGAAAGCUGCAAGGGAUUCUUUAAGCGAACAGUCCAGAAUAACAAAAGGUACACAUGUAUAGAAAAUCAGAAUUGCCAGAUUGACAAAACACAGAGAAAACGAUGUCCUUACUGUCGAUUUCAAAAAUGUCUAAGCGUUGGAAUGAAAUUAGAAGCUGUGCGAGCUGACCGAAUGCGUGGCGGUAGAAACAAGUUUGGACCAAUGUACAAGAGAGACAGGGCACUGAAGCAGCAGAAGAAAGCUCUUAUCCGAGCAAAUGGACUUAAACUGGAAGCCAUGACUCAGGUGAUCCAAGCAAUGCCAACUGACCUGACAAUAUCCUCUGCGAUCCAGAACAUCCAUUCUGCCUCCAAAGGCCUACCUCUGAACCACACUGCCUUGCCUCCUACAGACUAUGACAGAAGUCCCUUUGUAACCUCUCCGAUUAGUAUGACAAUGCCACCCCACGGCAGCUUGCAAGGUUACCAAACAUAUGGCCAUUUUCCAAGCCGUGCUAUCAAGUCUGAGUACCCUGACCCUUACACUAGCUCACCAGAGUCAAUAAUGGGAUACUCAUACAUGGAUAGUUACCAAACAAGCUCACCAGCAAGUAUUCCACAUCUGAUAUUGGAACUUCUCAAGUGUGAGCCAGAUGAGCCACAAGUCCAAGCUAAGAUCAUGGCAUAUCUGCAGCAGGAGCAAGCCAACAGAAGCAAACAUGAGAAGCUCAACACAUUUGGGCUUAUGUGUAAAAUGGCUGACCAAACCCUCUUCUCCAUUGUUGAGUGGGCUAGGAGUAGCAUCUUUUUUAGAGAACUCAAGGUUGAUGACCAAAUGAAGUUGCUACAGAACUGCUGGAGUGAACUCUUAAUUCUAGAUCACAUUUACCGGCAAGUGGUACAUGGGAAAGAAGGCUCCAUCCUUCUGGUUACCGGGCAACAAGUGGAUUAUUCCGUAAUAGCGUCGCAAGCUGGAGCCACCCUCAACAACCUUAUGAGCCAUGCACAAGAACUAGUAGCAAAGCUUCGUUCCCUACAGUUUGAUCUACGAGAAUUUGUAUGUCUCAAAUUUCUGGUGCUGUUUAGUUUAGAUGUCAAAAACCUAGAGAACUUCCAGCUUGUGGAAGGUGUUCAGGAACAAGUGAAUGCUGCUCUGCUGGACUACACAAUGUGUAAUUACCCACAGCAAACUGACAAAUUUGGGCAGCUUCUCCUGCGACUACCAGAAAUCCGGGCCAUCAGUAUGCAGGCUGAAGAAUACCUCUACUACAAACACCUGAACGGGGAUGUUCCGUGUAAUAACCUUCUCAUUGAGAUGCUGCAUGCAAAAAGAGCAUAAAUUAUACCCAUUAGAGCUUCUGCUUUCAAGGAAAAAGAUAUACUCUGAACUGCUCCGAGCAACACUAAUUAAAACGUGGUUUUAAGACUUUGAAAAAUGGUAUAAUAAUCAAAUACUAAUAGUAAAUAAGUGAUGUAUCAGGGUAUUUGUAUUGCAAACUGUGAAUCAUAUGCUACACAUCCCCAAAGGAAUAUCUACAGGACUUUAGACUGGAGUGAAGCGAACUUAACAAGUGGAUACUGUCACCAAUGUCAACAUGAAAAAGGACAGAAUGAUUCUUGUAUAUUUAACUCUGCUGAUGGCCAAUAUGAAGAAAUCUAGGAAAAAAAAAAACUGAUCUGUAUUAUCAAGCUAAGGUAGUGGGGAAUUUGAGUGCACUAAAUUCCUUCAUUGUAUAGCAGGACUUCUAAAACAGUUGUACUAGAUGCAAAGCUGCAUCCAUAGCAUCUUCUACCAUCCUUCCAAGGACCCAACACUUACUUCUUCUGUGAUAAACAAUGUGGCAUCCAUUCAACAAUCUGUAAGAGAGAGCUGGCACAGGCCACAUGCAAUGUAGUAUGGCCACCACAUGCUAUGAGGCCAGUUUUGACUGUCUCUCAGGCGUGCAAAUAGCUAAUAUGAAGUGUUAUCAAGUGAGCUUGGCAUUCUUACUAUGUUCUGAAGUUUGUUUUGUCACGUGUUCAUGUUGUUAAAUCAGGCAGUAUCCCUCUUCUACUACUGUCAUUGGCUAGCAACUAAAUAUCAAAGAUAAACGUGCCAAAAAUACUAGCCAAAUCAGCUAUACACUUACUAGUGCAGUGGCUAAAAUAUGGAUCUGCUAUAUAUUCAUGGCCAUUUUCAAAUAAAGGAAACUCAGAUAUUUUAAGCACCACUAAUUACAGCUUUUUUGACAAAAUGUCCUUUCUAAGGCACUGAAUAUCGAUGUUAAAACAAACAAAAAAAAAAGAUAAAAAAGAACUAAAAUGCAUUUAGCAAUGCAAGAAUAGACAAGUAAAUUGUUUGAGCUGAUGAUACCACAGAGCUUAUUAAAAAAUGGUCUUUAAAAAUUGCCAGUAAUUAAGAUAUCAACUCAAACAUCCAGUAUCUAAUGAAACUUGGUGUUGUUUUUUUUUGUGUUUCUUUUUUUUUUUUUUUUUUGGAAGUUAGGUAAUACACAUAUUUUACGCAAAGAAAGAAGAGUGAUACUGCUAUGUCUAUGUAGGCCAAAGUCUGCUGCAGAACAAAUAUUAGAGAAGAACAAACAAUUCUCUCUCUGUCCAAAUGAAGAUAUCAGUAUUAACAUGUAGUGCCACAGUUAUAAGUCUUGCCUUAUUUCAUUAUCCUUAAAGGUAACUGUGCAGGUGUGGAUCAACAUACAUUUAAAAUAAAGUAUUAAUCUCUAACAUUAACAAAAACAUAGUGUUUACAUUCUUUAGGUCCUGUGGGAAAAAACUGUGACAAAAUUGCAAAGCAGUGAUUUCCUUAAUAUUGCUUUCAAAUUGGUAAUUAUUUUACCAGUACUUAAUUACUGUAUGUCGUGAGACACUAAAAUCAAUAGGGGGGGAUUUCAGUUUGACUUUAAUUUUUGAGAUUAUCGGCUGUACAAUCACUUGUAGAAACUGUAUAAAAUCCUAAUCCUUUGAUUUUUUUUUUCAUGAAGAUUGCUGGCUUUUGAAUAGUUUAUUUAUAUUGUAUAUGAUAGUUUCCACUGUAGACAAUUACGAUGCUAAUUUAUUGUUCUUUGGUUUCAUCUUUAUAUAAGAUAUAGCCAGAAUGAAGAAGCCAAAUAUAUGUGUUUACUGUAGCAUGUCUUCAAGUUAGUGGAACAUAGUUCAGGGACACACAAGGGUCUUCACAAAUUAAAAUCAUUUACUUGAUUAAAUGUCUGUAAAUCUUCAUAAUCCUAACUGUAGUUUAUUUAAAUCUAUUGUAAAUUAUGUGAGUUGUAGCUUUUUCUGUUUCAUGUGAACUUGAAAAGGUGCAUUCUCUUAAUUUUUUCCAAACAUUCAUACAUUGUAUACCAAAGACUUUAGUUAUUACAUCUGCAUUAGUACAAAACAUGUUAUUUUAAUCGCCUGUAUUAAUCAGCUAUAAUAUUCUGUCCACGCAUAGGGUACAAACACAGCAAAGCCUAAUGUCUGCAACUCCUAGAUGCCUGCCUUGUACCACAGAACACAUGCACUGUAAUACUGACCAAAAGCAAACCAAAUACACGUCUCAUAGUCAUCCUACACAACAGGCAUGGCAGCACUAUUUAAAUAACAGCAUUCUUCCUCAAACAAACUAAAUUAACCGAAAGUAAGAUGCAGGUGGCAAUUGACAGUGACUGUGACAUACUUAUACCCACAUGUAUAGUGAGUAUAAUGAUGAGUGCAGUCAUUCCUUCCCUUUUUAAAAGAAAAACAAAACAUAUUUCAAGUGUUCACAUUCUGUAUUUUCUUUUCUUUUUUUCUUAUUGAAAUGCUACAGUGAAUCUCACUGAAUAUUAAAGAAAAAAGCUCAAAAAAAUGUUGCUAACCAUAUUCACAGCACCAUUAUCUAUAUACAUGACAAAAUAAUUAAAAUAGGGAUGUAAGAGAAAAGUAGAAUUUUUCAUACAGUUUAAUAGAAACAAUUGCUAGUAAACUAACGUGUAUUUGCCCAUAUCUGUGGUUCCAAGAAUCCCACUAGAUUGCCCAAAGUUUGCGAACAAAAAGAAAAAAAAAGAAAAGAAAAACACCCUCAUGUUAAUUGUUAACUAGUUUGUAACCAGACAUUUACUUCUGACUGCCUUAUCGAUUACAGGACAUGUCAGUAAAAGCAGACUAAAAUUCAAAGGUUUUGGCUUUGGCUGGUUUAUUAUAGUCGUUCUGUGUUUGUAAACAGACAAUCUGUAAAGUCUGACUGUUUGUAUUACAGAUGUUCUGCAGCUGCCUUGGAUUUAAAUCCAUGCAACUUUUAGAAUGUGCAGUGAUUUACUUGUUGAAGUUGAAGUUCUCUUACUGUAUCGGUGAAAUACAUAUUGUCACGUCAGUUCUUGCCAGGAGUUUCUCAUCACCAAUGGAUUUUUUUUCCAGUAUUCCAAUAAAUAUUGAU